AUGGCUUCUUUAGAGACUUUGGGCGAGAAACUCACCUUUGGAAUCGAGAUUGAACUGUUGAUUCGGCCAAAACAAAAGCUUCUUCCCACCCUUGAGAUAAACGGAUGGACUGAAAAGGCUAGUCGUGUCAUCUGGAACGAGUGGAAUGAAAUGGAGAAAGAAAUCGCCGCAAUUCAGAAAAGCAGUAAGCGCGUCGCCGCCCAGGAGAAACUUUCCUACAGGACAGCAUUCUCCAAAGUCAAGGAGGUUCGCCGAAGCCUGCACAUAGCGUUGCGCGACAUGCUCGUUGAAAAGCAAAUCGGGGCCGGUCUUACUACGGUCAACUAUGAGAAGUCGGCCAGUGUCGAUGAGCCAUCGCUCGACGAGUUACACGCCCACAAGCUACGCUUACAUCGAUGGACAGUGCUGACAUGUCGUCUAGGGAGCGUUGAAAUUGUUUCCCGAUCAAUUUCCGCCUCAAAGGAGUGGCAAGGCGAAAGUGAUCAUGUUUUCCAAUUUAUCAAUGAGAAUUUUGAUAUCUAUCUGUCUACAGGCUGCUCAAUGCAUGUCCACGUCUCUCCAGCACCCUUAGAAAGCCAUGUCUACAACUUGGGCCAGCUCCAGAGCAUACUCAAAGCGACAGCGCUGUACGAUAAGGCAAUUACGAACGUCAUGCCAGCGGACCGCAAGGAGAAUCCAUAUUGCCAGCCUAAUCUCGCACCUCGCCGAGAGAAGCGACACCAAAGCGAAAAGGACAUCAACAAUCACAUUCGGGAUGCAUUUGAGCGAGUGGAGUCUCAAGGAUGCAAAGGUCUUUUUGCCCCGUUUGAUAAUCUCCGUCCUAUCCAGAAAAAUCUCAUUCAGCUGGUCUUCUUUGGAGAAUCGCGCUAUCUGUCCUGGAAUUUUGCCCAUCUCGCCGGUUCAUGCGGAACGAUUGAGUUUAGACGGCCUCCCGGCGUUCGGGAUGCAGCGGCCGCAAAGCACUGGAUCGCUUUCACGCUGGGAUUCUUGUCUGUGCCUUGGCACUGGCACACACCUUUGAUCCCAACUCGAAGACGCACGCCACCGUCGAGGACCUACUUGAGCUGA